GCACCCGUAGGUUUCAGGAAAUUGCCCACACCGCAUUCCCUUUGGGCUCCCUCAGCCCCCUCAAGAGUCUGGCUCUGCUGCCAACUCUGAGUCAGAGACUUUUAUCCUCCCCGCCCCCACUCCCACGCUAUUUUUGGAGCGCCUGUUUGGGCCUGCCGUAGCUUCUCUGGUGAAAGAAACACCAGGAUUACAUCAGGGAGGAGGAGGCGGCCUGGACCUUGGGUGUCUGGGCAGGGGUUAGUGACGUUGAGGUUGGCUUGAGGUCAGGCGAGAGGCUAAAGGCCAGGACACCUGUGUCCCUGUGCAGGAUGCUUUGUCAUGUGGCAGUUGGUGCUUUCCUGAUGAUCAAGGAACCUCAGUGACCCCCAGAAACCUAGAAAUUCAGGUGGAAUGCAGAAAUUCCAGUGGUGGGACACAGUCUGCAUCAGUCAGCCAGGGAGGCGGUUUUCCAACAUUCCAGACCCUCCUCCCUCAGACUCAAGAGUGGGGCCCCGAGCCCCUCCUCCCUCAGAUCCCAGAGUCCAGCCCCAGCCCCUCAUCCCUCAAACUCAGGAGUCCAGACCCCCAGCCCCUCCUCCCUCAGACCCAGGAGUCCAGGGCCCCCAGCCCUUCCUCCCUCAGACCCAGGAGUCUGGGCCCCAGCCCCUCCUCCCUCAGACCCAGGACUCUGGGCCCCCAGCCCCUCCUCCCUCGGACCCAGGGGUCCAGACCCAGCCCCUCCUUCCUCAGACCCCGGAGUGCAGACCUGCAGCCCCUCCUCCCUCAGACCCAGGGGUCCGGGCCCCCAGCCCCUCCUCCCUCAGACCCAGGGGUCCAGGCCCCCAGCCCCUCAUCCCCCAGACCUGGGAGUCCAGGCCCCCAACCCCCUCCUCCCCCAGACUCAGGAGUCCAGGCCCCUAGCUGGAAGGACCCCCUGAUUGCAUCAUCCGUUCAGGCUGACCUGGCCACGGUAGAGUCCUAGCUACCGCCAAGUGGGUCAAAUAUCAUGGGUCAGGCAUGGGGAAGGUGAUUGGGCAGGUCUGUCAGGAUAUAAAUUCCCGAGCUUCUGCAUCCAUCCCAAGAGACUUGGCUGUCCUCUCAGCUGGGAGUCCACAUGCGAGAGGACCCAGGCACUUGGGCUCUCUGAGCAGCAAUCCGUGAAUCUGCUUUCCCAGACCACCAGGAUCUGAAACAGAAUCUAGACCAUUCAGCUCUUCAAAUCCUAGACCCCAGACCUCGCCUGAGGACGUGAGCCAUUGAUGGACUGGAACAAGGCCGGGUUGGAGCACCCAGGACUGUGGGUCCCUGUGCUGGCUGUCUUUCUACUGGGAGCCUGCCAGGCACACCCCAUCCCUGACUCCAGCCCCCUCCUCCAAUUCGGGGGCCAAGUCCGGCUGCGUUAUCUCUACACAGACGACGCCCAGGAGACAGAGGCCCACCUGGAGAUCAGGGCUGAUGGCACAGUGGCAGGGGCUGCCCACCGGAGCCCUGAAAGUCUCUUGGAGCUGAAAGCCUUGAAGCCAGGAGUCAUACAAAUCUUGGGAGUCAAGACAUCCAGGUUUCUGUGCCAGGGGCCAGAUGGGACGCUGUAUGGAUCGCUCCACUUCAACCCCGCGGCCUGCAGCUUCCGGGAGCUGCUCCUUGAGGACGGCUACAACGUCUACCAGUCCGAAGCCCUUGGCCUCCCGCUCCGCCUGCCCCCCCACAGCUCCCCACACCGGGAUCCAGCCCCUCGGGGACCUGCCCGCUUCCUGCCGCUGCCAGGCCUGCCCCCAGCGCCCCCGGAGCCUCCAGGGAUCCUGGCUCCCGAGCCUCCAGACGUGGGCUCCUCAGACCCCCUGAGCAUGGUGGGGCCUUCACACGGCCGAAGCCCCAGCUACGCCUCCUAAAGCCACAGGCUGUUUGUCGUUGGGUCUCCUCUUUAUUUAUUGGGUUAUUUAUCUUAUUUAUUUUUUUAUUUUUCUUACUUGGGAUAAUAAAGAGUCUGAGAGGAGGAUCAGAGUGAGCAC